CGUAUACUUAAGUACCUAAAUGUCGAUGGGAAACAUGCGGCCUGUGCUCUCAGGGCUAAUUAUUCUAAUUGUAUCCUCAGCUAUUGAAGCAUAUUUAUCUGACCAAUAUCUCAACGGAACUAGAAGAAUCCCAGAAAUAAAACAUGGCCAGAAAUGCGUUAAAGGUCAAAUAUACAGGAUGGAUUGCAACACCUGCCACUGCGGUGAAGGGUCUACCCUACUCUGCACCAAAAUGGGUUGUCUUAACGAAUUGAAGUCUGGACGGAGGGCAGAGGAAAAAGAGUGCGUACCGGGAAAGCUGUAUAAGAAAGGUUGUCAGAAAUGCUUCUGCACGGAUAAGAGGAAGGUGAAAUGUAGCAUGAAGGAUUGCAAGAUGGCUGAUAAACCGUAUACCAACCCUGAACACAUCAAGCCCCACACCACCGCGGAGUUCUACCAGCUCCCCUCCCUCCCGCACACGGGGUCGGUGUGCGCCCCCGGCGGGACGUACCGCAUCGACUGCAACACCUGCUUCUGUCUGGAGAGCGGCAACCUCAUGUGCCAGCAUCUCCUGUGUCCGAGCUAUGACGAUGUGUACAAGUUUAAAGCUAAGGAGAUGACGGGAAAACCUUGCGUCACCAACACUACAACUCCAGACUGCCUCGAGUGUGAAUGCAAGGCCGGCAAGUAUAAAUGCGAGCCGAAGGCAGACUGCAGACACACGGACGGACGGAGGAUGCUGCACGGCGAGUAUCCGUCCAUACACGACAGGAACUUCAUAGACCCGGACCGCAUGAAGGAGAAGUGUCAGCCGGGCAUGGUGUACAAGGUCCACUGUAACAAAUGCUACUGCCAGGAUGAUGGUUCCCUCCGCUGCACACAGAAAACAUGUCUGAACCACGCAGAAGUGGAGAAACUGAAGAAACUGCGCUUGCAACUGGACAAGGAGGACCCGGAAAAUUAAACGAAACUU